AUGGCCAAUUUCACAAUCGAUAAGCUUGCAUAUGUUAAUGAACAUCUUGCAGCUAAUAAUUAUCUAAAUGGAAAUCAUCCAGGUGCUGAUGAUGCCAGAUUCUUCGAAACCUUGAAUGGUGUACCACCCAAGAAUUAAUUUCCAGAAAUUUAUUUUUGGUAUUUACAUCUCAAUUUGUUUACUCCAGCAGCUAGAGCUUAAUGGAUUUCAGCUGCUGCACCAAAAAAGUAAGAAAUCAAUAAGCAAACGCCAAAAAAGAAGCAAUAAAAGCAAGCUGGUAAUGAUGACAUCAAUCUCUUUGGAAAUGAUAAUAUUGAUGCUGAAAGGAAGGUUAAAGCUGAGUAGAGAAAAAAAGAAGCCUUAGUCAAGAAUAAAAUACAAAAACCAGUUGGCAAGUCAAUUGUGAACUUCGAAUUGAAGUUAUAUGAGACCACCGAUUAAGCCUAAUUGGAACGAAUAGCCAAAAGGAUCAAGGAUACUAUCAAUCCAGAUGGUUUGGCUUGGGGGUAGAAUGUCGAAUAUAAAGAUAUAGCAUAUGGAGGCAAGAAGAUUGUUAUGUCAAUGAUAAAUGAAGAAGAUAAGGUACAUAAUUAUGUGAACCUUUUAGAUAGUUACGGAAGAUAUAAUUGAUCAAAUUACUAUAUAGGAAGAUGAUAUUGCGACUGUGGACAUAGUAUUGCCGUAUAGGUGUUGA